AUGGGAUGUAAAAAAAUAACGGUAUUUUUUAGUUUUAUAAUUUUUAAUUUAUGUUACGUGAACGCCGUUGAAACAAAUGAAAUUUUUGAUUAUUCGAUAAAAUCACAAUAUAAGCCGUCGCCUGAUUAUGGUCAACCACUUUUCUUGACACCUUACAUUCGGUCUGGAAAUCCGGAUAAAGCCAAAACUCUCAGUCGAGUAGGAACAAUACCAAAUUCUCCUGAAGUUUUGAGUUACAGCGGAUUUUUUACAGUGAAUGAAAAAUAUAAUAGUAAUAUUUUCUUCUGGUUCUUUCCUGCGGUGAACCAAGAUGUCAAAGCCCCCAUCAUUUUGUGGCUCCAAGGAGGACCUGGAUUGUCUGGUCUUUUCGGCCUUUUUGUGGAGCAUGGCCCAUAUGUCCUCGACUCAAACACGACAGCGAAGCUGAGACAGUUUCACUGGGCGAAAUCUUUUCAUGUCAUAUAUGUGGAUAACCCGGUUGGUACUGGUUUUAGUUUCACUGACAGUGACUAUGCCUACCCAACAAACCAGGAGUCUGUGGCGAAAGACUUAUACGAAUUCUUACAACAAUUCUUCACGUUGUUUCAUGAGUACAGAAAUAAUGACUUCUACAUAGUAGGAGAGUCGUAUGGAGGAAAGUACGUACCAUCCCUGGCAUACAAAAUUCAUAAGGAAGGAUUGUCAUCUAAAAUAAACUUUAAAGGUAUAGCAAUAGGCAAUGGAUUAUGUGAUCCUGAAACCAUGCUGGAUUAUAGUCCAUAUUUAUACCAACUCGGACUCAUUGACAGAAAGCAAGCAGCCGUCAUGCAGAACCUUUCCGACUCGAUACGCCAACAUAUUCGCCGUAACGAAUAUUACGAAGCUCUUGUUGAAGUAGAUAAAUUAAUAAUCCAGUUUAAUGUCUUGCCAUACACAAGCUACUUCACUAAUUACACUGAUUAUCAGUUUUAUUACAACUACCUUCGAACCAAAGAACCGGAAGAUUUCAACUAUUAUAAGAGCUUCAUCAAUCUACCACAGGUCCGGAAGGCUAUCCAUGUCGGUAAUCUGACAUUUCAGAAUGGCGAAAAAGCUCAGAAAAAUUUGCUACUCGAUAUUAUGCAGUCUGUAAAACCAGAAGUCACUGUCCUCAUGAAUCACUAUAAAGUCCUCUUCUACAGUGGCCAGAUGGAUCUCAUCAUACCUUAUCCACUGACGGUGAACUUCUUGCAUAGCGUGCAAUGGAAAAGCGCCGAUGCAUACAAGAAUGCUGAAAGGGCAAUAUGGAAACUGGACGAUGGUACAUCCAGAAUCGCUGGAUACGUCCACAAUGUGGGCGACUUUUAUGAAGUCUUGGUGAGAGAUUCUGGCCAUGUAGUACCUUACGAUCAACCGAAAGUUGCUCUAGAUCUCAUCACAAGAUUUAUAAGAGGAAUUUCUUAUGUUUGAAAUAAAAUUUUCGCAACGCCA